AUGUCAGAGCUCCACCUCAUCCUUUCGUUAGGAGGCAACCCCAAACUCGAUCACCACGCCCUAUAUCUCCUCUCUCCAUCCUCCACCCCACCCACUACAACGUCCAAUGAUGCGCCUUCGACCAGCGGCACAAUCUUCCACGUCACCGGCACAAUCGCCAAUGGCAUGAUCUACGAAUCACGACCUCAAACCCAACCACCAGAAGAAGAACCUGGUUUCCUCUCCAAACAGCUUCUCGGCAAAACAAAACUGAAUGCAAAGGAAUUGGAUGAAUUGUGCAAAAGUAUCACGCCGCCGGAAAAACAAUUUGAUGGUUUCAAAAGAAUCGACAAGACGAGUAAAUUGAGAAGGUGCCAGGAGUGGAGUUCUGAAGUCGUGGAGAUGUUGAAGAAGAGAGAUUUGCUCGAGGCAGUGGAAUGA